AUGGAGUACGGUGACAACGAAUGGUAUUCGAUACAGUGGAAUAAUUUCAUGAAAAAUUUCACAACCGGCAUAUACGAAUCUAUGGCCAACGGUGAUUUUGUCGAUAUGACAUUGGCCGUCGACGGACAAUUGAUCAAAGUUCAUCGUUUGGUAUUGUCAGUCUGUUCGCCAUACUUUCAAGAAAUGUUUACAUCAAUGCCGGUUAGUCAGCACGCAUUUGUAUUUUUGAAAGACGUCUCAUUUGAUGUGGUCAUGAAAUUGGUUGAAUUUAUGUACCACGGAGUGGUUACUGUGCCUAAAAAUAUUUUGGCGGAAUUCAUUGCCACUGCCGAAGCGCUACAGAUCAAAGGUAUCGCUGGAAAUGAUGAUUGGCAGCCAUUGUCAUCGCAAACGUCUCACAACACUCAAAAGCAACAGUCGUGCACCGUUCAACAACAAACCACCAUGAAAAAUAGUGAAUCACGGUUGAUGCAAGCUCAAAUAAAUUCCGUGAAAACCAAUGCACCAACACAAACAAAUGUUCAAAAAGAACGGUCGCGCACUGCGCAACAACGAAGCGCGAAUUUUAUGGAGACUAAUGAUUUGCAGCUGCCAUUAUAUCAUUCGAAGUCCGCACAAACUCGCCCAACAAUCAAAGCGGCGUCAACACACUCACAUGUUCUACAAAGUCAACCGUCGCGCACCGUACAACAACACAAUGUUGAUCCAACCAGCUACCUAAUGAACUCCGAAUACAAUAGCGACGACAAUGUUUCAUUCGUGCAACAACAAACACCAAAACGUGCCUUUCAACGGAAAUAUAGCACGAUUGAUGAUAGUGUACUACCAUCGAAGCGACGAAUUGUGUCAGGCGAGAUUGAUGAGGCAUUAUCAACGCUUACAAAAUUUUUUAAGAUAAGGAAUGAAAAUUCGAACGACAGUUGGUCACCGUCAUUUUCAAUGUCGAAAGACGAUGAGAUAGAAAAUGAUAAUCUCGACGAUGAACACGACGGUAAUGAAAGUAGCGACUGGGUCAACGAAUCAAGCGACGAAUCGAAUACGUCAAGAAUCCACUUGAAUGAAGAGGGCAUUAUUUCAUACGGAAGAACGAAGUUCAACAAACCAUCGUUGCAUUUGUACGGAUACACCUUUAAUUUGCGCACCAAAAAUGCUCAUGAGGCGACACUGAUGGGAAAAAAAUUGAUUUGGUACUGCUCGAAAAGUAGAGAGAAGUGUCACGCAAAGGUGCAUACCGACCAGUUGGAUGAACGAGAUCGGUGCAUACUAAUCGGAAGACACACAUGUGGCUGA